AUAGUACAAUAUAAAUUAUAUUAUCUUGUUGCCUUAUUAUUUUUAGUAAGGCAACAUUUGUUUAAAAUGUCACCACGUCUCAAAAUAUCUAGUUAUGUUAUUGAGCGAUUGUCUAAUUUAGACACAAAUGAGAGCACAGGAUGUCUGUAUGGGCUUAUGUACGAUGGCACUUUACUCGUGAUCGGUUUGAGUAUAGAAUUAUUUGAAAAUGAUAAAAAUACAUUCAAACAAUUGCUUCUGAAUCUGCCUGCUGAGAUUGAAUUAUGUGGCGUGGUAAAAUUUGGCGAGAGCCUGUCUAUGGAAUCAUCAUUAAAAGAUAUUAUACAGGAGGUGGACAUUACAGAUAAUCCAUUAGUAAUUUUAAUAAAUAAGGACAAAAAUAUGAAAGCACACUUCUUGGUGCAUGAUAAAUUUGAAGAAACAAAAUAUGAGGUUGUAAAUGCUGAAGAACUGUGGAAACAAUUCCUUCAUGUGCGAUUAAACACAGUCUUGCCAUUAAGCUGUGAGGCAACUUUUUCUGGUGUCAAAAAUAUAAUGCAAAACAAAAGAAAAAAGAUUGCUUCUGGUCAAGUAUCAUUUCAUAUUGAUGGAACAGCUGUUUACUUAUUUGGUGUGGCAUCAGAUGUUGGUUUGACUGGUACAAACACCGAAGCAACAAUUGGUGAAUUAAUUGACUCUAAGAAUCCUGAACAAUUAUCUAAAAAGAAAAAACAUAAUACUAACAUUGUUGAAAUAGUAAAUGUGAACUUAGUAAUGAAAUCAACAAAAGACAUAUUAUCAGACAAACUUGUAAAAACUGCUGUUAAAAUGAUGACAACACAGCGUAAACCUGCAUUUUGUAUCAGUAUGCCAUUGCGAGUAGACACCUUGGCUAUAAUACACCGCAGUACAAAAUUACUGGACUUGUACACAGUAUUAGUAGAAUCAGCCUGUCGCUCACUCCGACUUUUGGAAAGUGUACUUCUAGAGCAACUAGGCCAAGAGGGUAUUGGCGAUGGUGCUGGACUUCGUCUACCAGAGACCUACCAUUAUUUACCACAGGAACUUGGACACUUUAUUACAAGAAUAGUUCCUAGGGGGAUUCCAGAUGAAAGUAUGGAAAAAGAAAGGCGUUUACUUCACGAACAAUUAGGGCUACCGCUCACUAAACCUAUAUUUCGUAGAGGUAACGCAUAUUCAGGCAAUAGUGGAGGUCGGUUAUUGAAUCCUCACGAAGCAAUAGCACCUACGCCGCCAAAACCUGACGUGACGGUAGCAUUACUCCGAGGGCGGUAUGCUUACUAUCACUAUAUGCAAGACAAUUUUAAUGAUGAUGGUUGGGGUUGUGCCUAUCGUUCAAUGCAAACAAUAUUUUCAUGGUUCAGGUAUCAAGGGUAUACAACUGUGGAAGUACCAACUCACAGAGAAAUCCAACAGUGCCUUGUUAAAAUUGGCGAUAAGCCAUCAUCGUUUUUAGGUUCAAAACAAUGGAUAGGUUCCACAGAAGUCAUGUUUUGUCUAGAAACACUUCUCGGUGUGCAAUCAAGAAUCGUGUUUGCAAAUACCGGCGCAGAACUGCAGUUUUAUGCUCCUGAAUUAGUUCACCAUUUCCAAACGCACGGCACCCCUAUUAUGAUAGGUGGUGGAGUGUUGGCGCAUACAAUUUUAGGAGUCGAAUAUAACUCUGUUUCAAAUGAGACACGGUAUCUAAUCCUGGACCCACACUACACAGGUGCCGAAGAUCUUACUGUAGUUAUUAACAAAGGCUGGUGUGGUUGGAAAAACUCUGAUUUUUGGAAUAAAGCUGCUCAUUAUAACUUAUGCCUACCACAAACUAAACCAACUAUAUGAAUCUUUAUUCUGUGAACUUUGCAACUAUAUCUGAUAUUAAUUUUAAAUAAUUUUAUGUAUAUUGUUAUUAUUUACGUUUAAUAAUAUACUUAGCACUGCUCUCAAAAUGUUUUUCCCCAUAAGUUGAUUCGCCAACAUUCGUAUCGAGCUGUGAUAACUGACUUUAUAAAGCCUGUCAAUUCCACUAACUGCAUUUGCGAAUUUUGCACCUUAUUAAUUUAUAUAUAUUUUUUACACUGUAACUGUAAGAGUGAGUAAAGGAACUUUUUAUUAUUUAAAUUGUAAUUCGAAUUUAAUUAACUUGCUUAGUUGUCGAUAUGCAAUUUAACAAAAAUAAUCUGUAUCAAAUAGAUACUUGCCAAGUCUAAAUCUUGAAGCUAAAUGGGAGAAUGACCUCGUAGUUAGCUGUAUUUGAAAGACGGUUGAUUAGUAUAUAAUAUCGGUAACGGUUUAAAGAUUAUUUUAUAAUUCUGAAAAAAAAAAUAACAAUAAAAAUGCUUGUCUCUUUUAAAGAAUAAAAGCGAUAUAUAUAGUUGAAAUUGUUAUUUUUUUAAAUAAUUAACUGAUUGUCCCACCAUUGAAUAAUUUGUCUAGUUCAACGUAAAUUGUAGGUGUUGAGAAUAGAAAUAGAUAAAAACGGUACCUGGAUUGGGAAGACGUCAAAACAGAUUUUUUUUAUUGUUAGGGAGGCAAACGAGCAAACGAUAAAUAAUGGUAUGGGUUUAAACUUCAGUUGCUUGGUAUUUUAUUUAAUCACAUAAAAAUAUUAAUAGGUUUUCUAUAACAAUUAUCUACUACUAAUAAAUGCAAAAUGUAAUCAUAAUAAUAAAGGAAACGUGAUAGCUUUAAACUAUAAAGAUAAACAGCACUAUAAUCAUUAGAGAAAACUCUGUGACACUUGUGAUACCCCUUAUGCAUUGACAUUAAUUGCUGAGGAAUAAUGGCUAUAUCCUGUUCAAGUGGUUAUUUAAGUAGAUAUAGGUGCAUUAUUCAGAUUUUAAAUAUAUAUAUUUUUACCACGUUACGUUAUAUUCUUUAAAAGAGACAAUUAUCUAGAAAAUAGGUAUAUUAAAAAAUAAUAAGUUUUGUUGUAUUAUUUUCCCUAAAUAAACGAUCCGACAAAAUUUCCACUAAUGUUUUUAAUGUAUAUUUCUUUUUCUUUCCUAUACUAUUGCAUGUCUAUAUUUAAACUAUUAUCUGAUCUAUUAUUAUCUAUGAAUACAAUGAAACAUCAAAUAAACUUGCACUGAUUCGAAUUGUGUUUGUAAUACUUAACAUAUUUUAUUGUUAUGACAAAAUAUAUUUGAAAGAUGUAAGCUAAAAAGAAUGUGUUAUAUUUUGUACCAAUUAAAUUAUAAUUACGA